AUGGAUGGCCCGGCGCGGGGCCACGGGCUCCGCAAGAAGCGGCGGUCGCGGUCGCAGCGAGACCGGGAGAGGCGCUCCCGGGGCGGCGGGCUGGGGGCCGGCGCGGCUGCUGGCGGCGCCGCCGGCCGGACCCGGGCGCCCUCGCUCGCCUCGUCGUCGGGCUCCGACAAGGAAGACAAUGGGAAGCCCCCGUCCUCCGCCGCCCCGUCCCGGCCCCGACCCCCGCGGAGGAAGCGCAGGGAGUCCACGUCGGCCGAAGAGGACAUCAUUGAUGGAUUUGCCAUGACCAGCUUUGUCACUUUUGAAGCGCUGGAGAAAGAUGUAGCACUUAAGCCUCAGGAACGUGUGGAGAAACGCCAGACCCCUCUGACCAAGAAGAAACGAGAAGCACUUACCAACGGCCUGUCCUUUCAUUCCAAGAAGAGCCGCCUCAGCCACCCGCAUCACUACAGCUCAGAUCGAGAGAAUGACCGCAACCUCUGCCAGCACCUUGGGAAGAGAAAGAAGAUGCCAAAGGGACUCAGGCAGCUCAAGCCAGGACAGAACAGCUGCAGGGACAGUGACAGUGAAAGUGCCAGUGGAGAAUCCAAAGGUUUCCACCGGAGCAGCUCUCGGGAAAGACUCAGCGAUAGUUCAGCUCCUUCCAGUUUGGGAACAGGCUACUUCUGUGACAGUGACAGUGACCAGGAAGAGAAGGCAUCAGAUGCCAGCUCUGAAAAACUCUUCAAUACCGUUAUUGUAAACAAAGAUUCGGAGUUGGGUGUUGGCACACUUCCUGAACACAACAGCCAGGAUGCAGGGCCGAUCGUCCCCAAGAUAUCUGGUCUAGAGAGAAGCCAGGAGAAGAGCCAGGACUGUGGCAAAGAGCCCAUCUUUGAGCCCGUGGUGCUGAAGGACCCCUGCCCGCAGGUGCCGCAGCCGCCGCCCCCGCCCCAGGCGGAGCCCCAGCCCAGAGCUCCCGCUCAGGACCCCGACUCUGUGCAGCGCCCGGAGGCCCCGCCUCAGCCCCCGCGUCCGAGCACCCAGCCACCGCAGGCGCCCCCCGAGGCCCAGCUCCCACCGGCUCCCAAGCCCCCCGUGCAGAGGCCGCCCCGGCUGCAGUCCCCCCAGCUGCUGCACCAGAGCCUGCCCCCCGUGCAGGCCCACCCCGCCGCCCAGAGCCUCCCCCAGCCCCUGUCGGCCUACAACAGCAGCAGCCUGAGCCUCAACAGCUUAAGCAGCAGCAGAAGCAGCACUCCAGCAAAGACCCAGCCGGCCCCUCCUCACAUCGCCCACCACCCCUCCGCCUCCCCGUUCCCCCUCUCGCUGCCCAACCACAGCCCCCUGCACAGCUUCACGCCCGCCCUCCAGCCCCCCGCGCACUCCCAUCACCCCAAUAUGUUUGCCCCUCCCACUGCUCUGCCUCCUCCACCACCACUGACAUCAGGGAGCCUGCAGGUCCCCGGACACCCGGCGGGGAGCACUUACUCAGAGCAAGACAUCCUGCGGCAGGAGCUGAACACGCGCUUCCUGGCCUCGCAGAGCGCGGACCGCGGGGCCUCCCUGGGCCCGCCGCCCUACCUGCGCACCGAGUUCCACCAGCACCAGCACCAGCACCAGCACACGCACCAGCACACGCACCAGCACACCUUCACGCCGUUCCCCCACGCCAUCCCGCCCACCGCCAUCAUGCCGACGCCAGCACCUCCCAUGUUUGACAAAUACCCUACAAAGGUUGACCCAUUCUACCGGCACAGUCUCUUCCAUUCCUACCCUCCUGCGGUGUCGGGCAUCCCCCCUAUGAUUCCGCCCACUGGCCCUUUUGGUUCACUUCAAGGAGCAUUUCAGCCGAAGACAUCCAACCCUAUCGAUGUUGCUGCUCGGCCUGGGACAGUCCCGCACACUCUGCUUCAAAAGGACCCGAGGUUGACAGAUCCUUUCAGACCCAUGUUAAGGAAACCAGGGAAGUGGUGUGCAAUGCACGUGCACAUCGCCUGGCAGAUCUACCACCACCAACAGAAAGUCAAGAAACAAAUGCAGUCAGACCCACAUAAACUGGACUUCGGACUGAAACCUGAGUUCCUGAGCCGUCCGCCAGGCCCCAGUCUCUUCGGAGCCAUCCACCACCCCCACGACCUGGCUCGGCCUUCCACCUUGUUCUCUGCCGCAGGUGCUGCACACCCCACGGGGACCCCUUUUGGGCCACCUCCUCAUCACAGCAACUUCCUCAACCCUGCUGCUCACCUAGAGCCUUUCAACCGGCCGUCCACGUUCACCGGCCUGGCCGCAGUCGGUGGCAAUGCCUUCGGGGGACUUGGAAACCCUUCAGUCACACCCAACUCAAUGUUCGGCCACAAGGAUGGCCCCAGUGUGCAGAACUUUAGCAACCCUCACGAGCCCUGGAACCGGCUGCACCGAACGCCUCCGUCGUUCCCGACCCCUCCGCCCUGGCUGAAGCCGGGGGAGCUGGAGCGUGGCGCGUCCGCUGCAGCUCAUGACAGAGAUAGAGAUGUAGAUAAACGAGACGCACCUGUUAGUAAAGAUGACAAAGAAAGGGAAAGUGUGGAGAAGAGACACUCCAGCCACCCUUCACCAGCGCCUGUCCUCCCGGUGAGUGCCCUGGGACACGCCCGUGGCUCCGCCGAACAGAUCAGGGGUCAUUUGAACACUGAGGCUCGCGAGAAAGACAAACCCAAAGAGAGGGAGAGGGACCACUCGGAGUCCCGCAAGGACCUGACCGCGGAGGAGCACAAGGCGAAGGAGGGCCACCUGCCCGAGAAGGACGGCCACGGCCACGAGGGGCGGGCCAUGGGCGAAGAGGCCAAGCAGCUGGCCCGGGGGCCGUCGCCCUACGCGCGGGCCCCUGCCGUGGAGGGCGCCAGGCCCAACAGCACCUCGAGCCGCGAGGCCGAGCCUCGCAAGGGCGAGCCGGCCUACGAGAACCCCAAGAAGAGCUCGGAGGUCAAGGUCAAGGAGGAGCGCAAGGAAGACCACGACCUCCCCGCCGAGGCCGCGCCGCCCCACCGGGCCUCGGAGCCGCCGCCUCCCCACUCCUCGGCCGGCGUGCACCCGGGGCCCCUGGCCUCCAUGCCCAUGGCGGUGGGGGUGACGGGCAUCCACCCCAUGAACAGCAUCGGCAGCCUGGACAGGACACGCAUGAUGACGCCCUUCAUGGGCAUCAGCCCCAUCCCGGGCGGAGAGCGGUUCCCGUACCCCUCUUUCCACUGGGACCCCAUCCGGGACCCCCUGAGGGAUCCCUACCGAGAACUGGACAUCCACCGGAGAGACCCGCUGGGCAGAGACUUCCUGCUGAGGAACGACCCCCUCCACCGUCUCUCCACCCCGCGGCUGUACGAGGCCGACCGCUCCUUCCGAGACCGGGAGCCCCACGACUACAACCACCACCACCACCACCACCACCACCCGCUGUCCGUGGACCCGCGGCGCGAGCAUGAGCGGGGCGCGCACCUGGACGAGCGGGAGCGCCUGCACCUGCUCCGGGAGGACUACGAGCACUCGCGGCUGCACCCCGUGCACCCCGCCUCGCUGGACGGGCACCUGCCGCACCCCGGCCUCCUCACGCCGGGGCUCCCCAGCAUGCACUACCCCCGCAUCAGCCCCACCGCGGGCCACCAGAACGGACUGCUCAACAAGACGCCGCCCACCGCCGCCCUCAGCGCGCCGCCCCCGCUCAUCUCCACGCUGGGGGGCCGCCCAGUGUCCCCCAGGAGGACUACCCCUCUGGCGGCGGAGAUGAGGGAGAGGCCGCCUUCCCACACCCUGAAGGACAUCGAAGCACGAUAA